AAUUCCCCGGGCCGGAGCCUAAUGAUGGGGAGGCCUGCCGGUGCUAAAGUUAAAACGCCCGGGCGGCCCGGCUUGCGCCACCGCCUCGCCGCCGCCACCCCCGCGCUCCUCCGGCGGCGGUGGCGGCAGCAGCUGCGCUGAGCGUCCGCGGGCCCGGCUCCAGCAUGGACAGCCGCCUCCUCGAGCACCCCCAUGCCCAGUUCGGCGGCAUGGUGGGCUUCCCCUACCCCAUCGGGCCCCCCCACGUCUACGAGCUGGCCGGCCACCAGCUCCAGGCCGCCGCCGCCGCCGCCGCCGCCGCCUCGGUGCCCUUCUCCAUCGACGGAUUACUCAACGGCUCCUGCGCCGCCGCCGCCGCCGCCGCCGCCGCCGCCGUGGUCAACCCCAACCCGCUGCUCCCCUCCGGCUGCGGCGUCAACGGGGAUGCUCAGCCCUUCAAGCUGGCCGACUCGGUGGAUCCGGACAAGGAAAGUCCGGGGUGCAAGAGACGAAGGACCCGGACGAAUUUUACGGGCUGGCAACUGGAAGAGCUGGAGAAAGCCUUCAACGAAAGCCAUUACCCCGACGUCUUCAUGCGGGAAGCCCUGGCGUUGCGGCUGGACCUGGUGGAGUCGCGAGUGCAGGUCUGGUUCCAAAACCGUCGGGCCAAGUGGCGGAAGAAAGAGAACACGAAAAAGGGUCCCGGCCGGCCGGCCCACAACUCGCACCCCACCACCUGCAGCGGGGAGCCCAUGGAUCCCGAGGAGAUCGCGCGCAAGGAGCUGGAGAAGAUGGAGAAGAAGAAGCGCAAGCACGAGAAGAAGCUGCUGAAAGGCCAGGCGCGCGGCCUCCACUCGCCCAGCGGCCUCUCGGUCAACAGCAGCACGCAGAGCUCCGACAGCGACGGCGGGGGAGGCGGCGGGGGCUGCGGCGGCGGCCUCUCCCCGGACCCACCCGACGGCUGCAAGACGCCCUCGAGCAGCGCCCACCGCCACGCGCCCUUGACCGGCGGUUGCGACCCGGCCGCCGCCGCCGCCGCCUCGGCUUUCUACUCGGGUCGCUGCGCCGCCAAGGACCAGCCGGGGGGCCCGUCAGGAUCGGAGUGCGCGGCGCCCCCCGCGCUGCCCGGCGGCUACCCCAAGCUCAACCCCUUCAGCGUGGAGAGCCUCUUGUCGGACUCCCCGCCGCGGCGGAAAGCGGCGCUGGACUUCUCGCCGGCCCUGGCCCCCUGCGCCCCCGCGGCGCGCACCCUGAUCGGCAAGGGCCACUUUCUGCUCUACCCCAUCACGCAGCCGCUGGGCUUCAUCGUGCCCCAGGCCGCCCUGAAGAGCAACCCGGCCCAGGAGGCGCCCCAGCGAGGCUCCCCGCUCCCUGCCGCCAACCCCAGCCCGGACCCCGCGCCCCCCAAGAGCAGCAGCACGGCCGCCAUCUCCACGCCCGGCGACGGCGGCGCCUCCCUGCCCAGGAAGGUGCUGGCCUCGCCGCUGGCCGCCUCGUGCUCCUCGGCCGCCUCCCCCGCGCCCUACGGCGGCGACUCGGCUUCCCAGGGAGACGGGAGCAGCGGCCCGGCGGCGCCCCCCAAGUCCCCCCCGAAGGAGGCCGCCCACGCCAAAGGCAAUCCGGAUUGCCGCACGACGGAGAGAGACUGUGCAACGGAGAGCAACGGUUUAGACUGUGAGGAGGUGGAUAUGGACUAGAAGAAAGGGCGGCGGGGGUGGGGGCAGAUGAGUAUCUUUAUCUGCUAGAUUCCUUGCGGGUUGGGCGGGGGGUAAAUGGAUCAGUCGAAACUUCUCCCAUUCCCAAAAUUUUUCCUCUAGAUUCUGCCCAUCCCUCGGUUCGCCACCUCUGUUUUUCCAUUAUUCUUCUCGCCUCUCUCCCCCCCCCCAAAAAACUUUCCCAGGUUCUAACUUUGCGCUCUUGAAAUCAGGUGACCGAUUUUUUAUUUUAAUUUUUUUUAAUAAAGGGGGGGGAGAGAUUUUUCCAAUUUCAUUUUAUUUUGUUUGGUUUGUUCCCCAAAAGAAGCUCCGAGUGGCCGGGACUUCCGGGGUUCUGUUUUGGGUUUUUUUGUUUUUUUUUCCCGAAGCUGGACUUGACCUGAAUACAAACUGUUUAAAAGAAAAAAAAUCCCCUCAACCAACCAGACACAACAGCGACUCCUCAAACCUUGUAAAUUGCAAAAAAAAAAAAAAAAAAAAA